UGUUUAUGUAUGUUUUUUAUUGGAUUCAAGAACGAAUAUGUUGAUACGUAUAUAUAUAUUAAGCAUCUGUGAAACUGAAAUCAAUGAUACAGGGAUGAAAACAGGAUUCACGGAUUGGAGCUUGAAAGUUUGAAAAACUGAGCAACAGUCAUGGAUAGGCAUUGAAUUUAUCAAAUCAACCCACACUACAAAUCUUUGAUUUUAUUUCACAAUUUGAUGUCUUGGAAUCCUCCAUUUAAAGAGAAAAAAAAAAGAAUAUUUUUAUCAUGUUCUUUGAUACUCUUUUAGGCACAGUCACGGGUUCCACAUCAAAUUCAGCUGUAUGUAUACGUGUGUGUAUAUAUAUAGUUUUUUUGUUAAAGUUCAAGGUGAAUAAUCUUUGGAACCCCAAGCCAUGGGUUCCAAAUUUACGGCCAUGGUUUUUGUCUUAAUGGUUUUCAUAUUAAUAGCAUUGCCUCCCAUUGAUGCAUCUGUUCCUUGUAGACCGCCGCGUUCUCCACCAUACCAUCUCCCAACUCACCCUAAAAUUCCCCGCCUGAACCCUCCAACCCCCAAGCAGCCACCGUACCAUAGUGGUGGCAGUCCAAAGGUCGAGCCACCAUCCAAAAAGCCUCCAAUGCCACCUGUUAUUGUGCCACCAAUACCAACCCCUCCUGUAAUAUCUCCUCCCAUCACCAACCCUCCUGUUACCAUCCCACCACCUUCUGGUGGAGGUAGCUCUCCUGCUCCACCAACUAGCCAACCGACCUGCCCCGUUAAUGCUCUUAAACUAGGACUAUGCGUGGACGUGCUUGGUGGAUUGGGCCACAUUCGCUUAGGAAACCCUGUUGAAAAUGCUUGCUGCCCGGUUCUUGGAGGUCUGCUCGAGCUCGAGGCCGCUGUUUGUCUUUGCACUGCUAUAAGACUUAAGCUUCUAAACAUUAAUAUGUUCAUUCCCCUCGCUCUUCAGGCUUUAAUAACUUGUGGAAAAAACCCUCCUCCUGGUUUUAUUUGUACUCCUCUUUAACUUCAACAUUCAUCAAAAUAAACAUCUCUAUCGAUGAUGGACCUCAGCAGGCAUGGUUGCCACCGCCACCUCGGCGUCCCUUUGUUUCUUUAACCACCCAAAAGAAGAUGAUAAAAAAAUUGAACAUAAUGUGUUCAUUUUUCCAUUAUUAGGUUUAAAGCAUUGUUUUCGCUCAAGGUUAUAAGGUUUGAACUUUGUAGUGUAUUAUGGUUGCAUUUUAAGUGUCAUCCAAUCUUUAAUUAUUGACUGCUUAAUGCUUGCUUGUUUUAAGUUGUCUCAGACUAAUUAUUUUACGUGGAUUUUUUUCUAGAAA